AUGACUGACGGACUGGAUACUCACUCGACGAACCUCUCCGCCGUCCCCGGCCUAGCACCGCAGGGGGAUUCACCCGCGCCUUCCACAGACGGGUCAGGCGCAGUGUGCGGAGGCGGAACCGUUGGCGCUUCCGUCCAGCCCGCGACUUUCCGCUUCCCCGCGCUCGCGGGGAGGAAGCGCCGCCAGCGGGUCGGGGGAGCGUUCUUCGCGGCGGGAGAUGCGGAACGGGAGCUGCUGGCGAAGCAGCUGUCGUUACUGGUGACUGCGGAGGAAGUAGAGGCCAUCAUGCGACAAGUGCGGGGAGAAUCGGACGGCGCAGGAGAGUCCUUGGCGAGCGGAAUCGACGGUGCAGAUGCAGCCAGUGAAGAAGCCAGGAGAGAAGGUGACGCCAUGGCGGUUAACACGGAGGCGACAGAUAUUGACUCAGGAAAUGCAAGCGCCAUACCUCCUUCAAUUGAAGCUUCGGAUGUACUAUCCGGCGCUGUCGCGCAUAAAGCAGAUGCAGUAUCCGAGGCUACAGAGCGAAUCAUAAACAAGAACGCGUUCGAAGAGCCUAUCAGAUGCCCAAUCCCAGGCUGCCACGUGGUGGUGCAGGGAGCUCUGGCCCUGGACGCGCAUCACCAGGCCAUGCACCGCGCGAUGUGCGCCACGUGUAGCAAGGCGUUUCCCUCCAAUCGCCUGCUCAACAUCCACGUGGCAGAAGCCCAUGAUUCCUUCUUCCAGGCGAAGGUGGCGCGAGGGGUGGCCAUGUACGAGUGCCUGGUGGAGACAUGCACGCACCGCUUCCCCUCGGACGCUGUUGUGAAGGAUGCUGGUGGGGGGGAUGUUGCAGAUUUGAUUGGGCACAUGGGAGCUCGUGGUGAUGCAGGUGUAACAGGUGGUGUAGAUAGCACGGGUGGCACCGGUGGUGCUGGCACGGCUGGCACAGUUGGCACAGUAAAGGUUAGUGAUGCAGUGUAUGCAGUACCAGGGGGUGAUGGCACACCAACGUGCGGAGCCACAGAAAACCUAGAAGGUCCAUUGGAAGCAGCAGCGUCAAGCCCUGUCGUCCCUGACUCAGGUGGCAUGGAUGUGGACAAGCUUGCAGUGGCUGUAUCUCGCCUCUCCACGUCGGACUUUGUGCCCCGGUCUCUAAUCAAGUGUCCCCUCCCCGCCCUCUUUUCCCUCCUCGCCGCCCCCCUCUACCACGUGGCUUCAAGCCUCUCGUCUCAGACCACUCCCCAUUCCAACCAGCUCUGCUCUCCCAAUUCACGAUCCUCCGAGCAUCCAGCGUUUCUCGCCACUCUGCACAUCCUAAAGGCCCCUUCCCCCAACUCCCCUCCUACCCUUCCUCUCUCUUCAUUUCCCCCCUCUCUUCCCCUUCGUCUGCCCCUUUCCGCUGCCCCGUUCAUCUGCCCCUUUCAUCUGCCCUUUUCGUCUGCCCCUCCCCCCUCCUUCGCUUCGUCAUCGCCUCGCCCACCCGCGCACAGCAAUGGCGGCGGCCAAACAGCCGCGACGCCAGCGAGCUGCCGGCAGAUGCCUCUCGCCGGCGCGGCUGUCCAAGUGGCGCGAGUUCAUUGGCUCGCUCCGGCCGUCCAUCGUGCCAUGGCGGCGGCUCCCAAGGGCGCGGUGAUCUACGUGCGCGCGGGCGUGUACGAGGAGCAGGUGCGCGUGCGGCAGGACCGCGUGGUGCUGGUGGGGGAGGGGCACAUGCGCACGGUCAUUCGGGCGGGGCGCAACCAGGCGGAGGGCACUCCGCUCAUGGACACGGCCACUCUCAGCAUUUACGGGUCGAAUUUCGUGGGCAUGGGGUUGGGCGUGGAGAACACGGCAGGGCCGCAAGGCAAGCAGGCGGUGGCAGCGCGGUCCGACGGCGACAAGACCGCUUUCUACCACUGCCGCUUCUCGGGAUACCAGGACACGCUCUUUGCGCAAGAAGGCCGGCAUUACUACAGCCACUGUCUGAUCGAGGGCACUACGGACUUUAUCUUCGGCCAUGCUGCUGCUGUGUUCUAUCGCUGCGCGCUCGUUGCGCGGCCCAGCCCUGAACCUGUCUACGUGGCGGCAUCAGGCCGAGCCUCGGCUUCAGAGGGCACUGGGUUUGUGUUUAUUCGAUCAGAGGUGAAGGGCAGUGAGCCGGGAACUCAGGCGAGCCAGCAGGGGAGGGUGUAUCUGGCCCGGCCGUGGGGCAUGUAUGCGAGAACAGUGUUCAUUGAGAGCAGGAUGAGCAGUGUUGUGAAUGCUGAAGGGUGGGCCGCUUGGCAUGGGAGGCCGUCGAGCCGGUCCCCGUUCUUUGCAGAGUAUGGGUCGCAUGGGCCUGGGGCUGCAGAGGGUAGGAGAGCGGCGUGGGUACAGCCUAAGGUCCUUACGAAGGAACAGCUGAAGAAGUUUUGGCCUGGACGGUUCAUCAGGUGGCAUACAUGGAAAAACCAAACGAGAAUUCCCUGCUAA